CGCCAGCUCCCGUGGGCGCGCCGCGCAGGCGCGCUGCGGCCUGUUGUUGUGGCGGCGCGGCCCGCGGUUCACCCCCGGCGGCCCCCGGUAGCGAUGAGCGAUAACGAUGACAUCGAGGUGGAGAGCGACGAGGAGCAGCCGAGGUUUCAGUCCGCGGCCGAUAAGCGUGCCCAUCACAACGCGCUGGAGCGCAAGCGCAGGGACCACAUCAAGGACAGCUUCCACAGCCUGCGGGACUCUGUCCCGUCCCUCCAGGGAGAGAAGGGCUUGCUGAGCAGCAUUCCUGGGGGCAGGAUGUGCUCUGCCAGCCCUUCCCCGCUCGCUGCCGGCCCUGUUGCUGUUGUUUCUCUUGGGAAGGUGGAGAGAGCUGAUUCCACCUCAUCCAGUUGGAUCUUCCGAGCUUGGAAUAGCGGCGCUUGGGCAUCCCGGGCCCAAAUCCUGGACAAAGCCACAGAGUACAUCCAGUACAUGCGCCGGAAAAACCACACGCACCAGCAGGACAUCGACGACCUCAAGAGGCAGAACGCACUCCUGGAACAGCAAGUGCGGGCUCUGGAGAAGGCCAGGUCGAGCGCCCAGCUGCAGGCCAACUACCCCUCGACGGAGAGCGGCAGCCUCUACACCAACGCCAAGGGCAGCACCAUCUCUGCCUUCGACGGCGGCUCCGACUCCAGCUCCGACUCGGAGCCCGAGGAGCCGCAGAACAGGAAGAAGCUGCGCAUGGAGGCCAGUUAGGGCCCCCUCCUCCUCACUCCACAGAGCCCCCCCGCCACAGCCUGGCUGCCUAAAGACUUUUCUCCCCCUCCUCUCCUAGAAGCUCUCGGACUGCAGCUUCCCAACCCUUCCCCAGCCCCUUUGCCCACCCCUGCUCUAAGCCAGCCAGGGGCUCGCAGCACUCACCCCACAGACUUGGGGAGGGACGGGGUUGGGGAGGGGGGGCCACAAGGAGACAUCCUAGCCCAGUCCCCCUCUCCAGUCCCCCCCAGACUUAGUGAGCCCCCACACACUCUUCUGUCUCCCUUCUGAUUUUAUAUGAGCGUUUCUAUUUAUACCUGAGGACCACAGCAGUCUGGAGCUGAAGGACAGGGCUGCGCAGGAGCCUGGCAGCCUCCUCCCCAAGCACAGGGUGGGGAACCUUUUAUUUUGGGGAGAGGGGGAGGGGAAAAGGUGGGGGGGGGGCAUCUCGCUAUUUAUUUUCUGCAUCUGCAAUUCCACCUGGCCCUCCCCACCCCAAAACUGGGAGAGGGAGGAGGCAGCACCAGCAACCCCCUCUCUCUUCAAAAGAGCGGGGUCAGGCUGGUUUGUGUCCCACUCCCCUCUGCUUUCCUCCCACCUUCAACGCCUCCCCAGCCUCCGUGGCAUUCUCUGACCUCUGGUGUCCCUUCCCUUGUCCCAUAGGUGACUCCCACACACACCCCCUUGUCCCACCCCACCCCCAUUCAGAUUCAUUCCAUGGAUCUAAAGUAUGUUGUACAUACUGCCCAGAGUUGUCUUGCAAGUUAAGGCUUCCCUUUACUAUAAGACUAUAAAGAAUAAAGACAAAAAACAACUUAUUUUAUCCUUU